AUGUCUACACACGAAUUGAAGCAAAUGGCGCCUCCUGUGCUGAGCGAGAUGGAGGGACAACCGAUCUACCGAGACAAGGACGACGUAUAUUUGACUCGCAUGGGGAAGCGCCCUGUUUUAAAAAGAAACUUUGGGUUGAUGUCGAUGGUGGGAUUCAGCUGCACGCUGUUGGUGACAUGGGAGGGAUACAUCAUUGGCGGCCCGGCUGGUUCUGUCUAUGGCUAUCUUUUCGUCUGGGCUGGUAUCGCUGCCACCUUUGUCGUGAUAUCUGAGCUUGUGUCGAUGGCUCCUACGUCUGGCGGACAGUAUCAUUGGUGCUCGAUGCUGGCCCCUCCAUCGGCAAUGAAGUUGGCCAGUUAUAUGACAGGCUGGCUUACUGUGAUCGGAUGGCAAGCCACAUUCGCAUCUGCAAUGUAUCUCAAUGGGAACAUGGUCCAAGCCCUGAUUAUCCUUACCAGAUCGGAUUAUGUCCCUCACCCAUGGCGGAAAGCUCUAUAUGCAUGGGGGCUCUCUGUACUCUCCGCUAUCAUUAAUAUUGUUGGGGGCAAGUUUCUGCCCCGUUUCGAGGGCACCAUUCUAAUCUUCCAUGUCCUGGGGUUUUUCGCCAUCCUGGUUCCCUUGACCUAUAUGGCAGAUCACAAGUCGUCCGCCGAAGAAGUGUUUACCUAUUUUAUUAACGAAGGCAAUUGGCCUUCAAAGGCGCUGUCAGUGUUUGUUGGUUUGACUGGCCCUGUUUUCGCUUUCGCCGGCGGUGAUGCUGCGGUCCAUAUGGUCGAAGAGAUGACCAACGCAACAACCGCUGUGCCCUUGUCUCUGAUGCUAACCGUGUUAAUCAAUGGCUCCAUGGGGUUUGGAAUGAUGAUUGCCUUAUACUUUUGUCUUGGAGACAUCCAGGCUGCGCUUAAAUCUCCGACAGGUGUGCCUUUCUUUGCUAUCUUCUUGCAGGCAACAGGAUCGGUAUCGGGCACGGCGAUCGCAGGCGCCCUGGUAAUGUCUCUGGGCAGUUGUAAUACAAUUGGCACCUUAACAGCAGCAUCACGUCAAUUCUGGUCCUUCUCUCGCGACCGAGGACUUCCUGGGUGGCGGGUGUGGAGUAAGGUGACUGAACGUACAUCCAUCCCGACAUAUGCAGUCCUCCUUACGGCAGUUGUUGGGUGCCUCCUGAAUCUCAUUACUAUUGGUUCAGAUGUGGCAUUCAACAGCUUGGUAUCCAUGUCAAUUUCGGGCCUUUACCUAUCAUAUAUGACUGCUGGCGGACUCUUGCUCUACCGCCGUUGUACUGGUGGAAUUGGUAACGCUGCUGCUGGCGAGCAGACGAUGAUCAACACGGCAGGAGCUAGACUGGUCUGGGGACCAUUUCGAGUUCCCGGUAUUUUGGGUAUAGCCAUUAAUGUCUUCUCUUUGGCGUACAUGACAAUCGCUACGUUCUUUGGCUUCUGGCCUACGACCAAGGAUGUCAAUACACAGACGAUGAACUAUAGUAUUGUCGGUACGGUGGGGGUUAUUAUACUCAGCCUUGUGUACUACUUUGUUCGAGCGAGGAAGAUGUACACUGGGCCCCUUAUAGAGAUAUCUUGA